GGCGGCCGCCAUCUUGCGCGGCUGGCGGGCGGGGGAGAAAGCGGUGCCGGGCGGGGCGGCGGGCAGCCUCCGUCGGUGCGCCCAUGGCCGGGCAGUUCGACGCCGAGGACCAGGCGAGCUGGUACUGGGGGCGGCUGAGCCGGGCCGAGGCGGUGGGGCUGCUGCAGGGGCAGCGCCACGGCACCUUCCUGGUGCGCGACUCGGGCACCAUCCCCGGCGACUUCGUGCUGUCCGUCUCCGAGAGCUCCCGCGUCUCCCACUACAUCGUCAACAGCGGCGGCCCGGGACUGAAUCCUCCGAGGUUCCGGAUCGGCGAUCAAGAGUUUGAGUCGCUACCAGCUCUACUGGAGUUCUACAAAAUACACUACUUGGACACUACAACCUUGAUAGAACCGGUGUCAAAAUCCAAGCAUAACAGCGAUGUGGUUUUGAGGCAGGAAGAAGCGGAGUACGUGCGUGCUCUUUUUGACUUUAAUGGCAACGACGACGAAGACCUUCCGUUUAAGAAAGGAGACAUACUGAAAAUUUGGGAGAAGCCCGAAGAGCAAUGGUGGAAUGCGGAAGACAGCGAUGGGAAGCGCGGGAUGAUACCUGUUCCGUACGUGGAGAAGUAUAGACCGGCCUCUACUUCGGUAUCUGCUCCAAUCGGAGGUAACCAGGAUAGUUUCCACCCGCAGCCAUUGGGUGGGCCGGAGCCAGGCCCCUAUGCCCAGCCCAGCAUCAACACUCCGCUCCCCAACCUCCAGAACGGCCCAAUUUUUGCCCGGGUUAUCCAGAAGCGAGUCCCUAAUGCCUACGACAAGACGGCUUUGGCUUUGGAGGUUGGAGAGCUAGUAAAAGUCACAAAGAUUAACAUGAGCGGCCAGUGGGAAGGAGAGUGCAGUGGCCGACGAGGUCACUUCCCAUUCACUCACGUCCGGCUGCUCGAUCAACAGAAUCCAGAGGAAGAUUUCAGCUGAGUGCGGCUCAACUGCUCUGCUUACAGACGGGAAUAAACACACAGUGUUAUGCUGCAGCUGCAAAAUAGACCGUUCUGUCUAUCCAGUGCUUCAGCAAGUAUCCUGAUACGCAUAAAAUGUGCCCGAGACCAGACACCACCAUUCCUUAAGACUAUCUUCCGGAUACCCAGUUCUGCGGCUCUGAAGACAUCGCAUUUCCCACUUGCAGUAGAAUGAGAAAGCUAUGGCGGAUUCUUAUUUCUGGCUUUCCUGGAUCCCGUAGCUUCCUCUGUAGGCAGAAAACCGGAAUGGUUAGUAGGACACUUGCAAGUUGCUAACCCUGGAGCUUCCUUUCUUUGGAUUAGGCCUCUAUUGUAAUAUCUGUUAUAACUGCUUAUUGCAUAAAUGAACUGCACAGUGCAAGUAAUCCUUUUUUAAAAAAAAAAAAAACAUAAUACUGGGAUAGCUACAGCAUUACUACUACCAUAUUAAAUGGGUUACAGACAAAUCCAAUUCUCCAGAAUUAAAGUUCUAGAAAUUGAUCCCCAUUCCUGUCCUAGCUGGUAGCUGGUUUAAUUUGAGAUAGCUGUUCAACGCGGGAUGCUAAACCUCCCUUUUGGUGCAGAGAACUACGUUCGUUGCACUUUAUUCUUUUAAUAUGUAGCGCUAAGGGUAUGAGUUGCUAAAUCUGCUACGGAGCUCAGCACUAUACUCCAAAGGUAAUUUUAACCACUGUAGGGAAGAGAGCACCUGAAAAUCAUGUAAAGUACUCUUGCUCAUGCAAUAUACCGUGACAAACGUCACCACUGUUAACUGAGAUAACUUUUUCUCUUCUAAAAUGGCUGUCUGGGGCUGUUCCGUUAAGCAUUACGAUGGUGGCUUCAUGAAGAUUUUAUUUUUAAUAAACAAUGGAAAUCCUUAAAUGCUUCUGGACUGGUUCUGAGACAUUGACAGUUCAAACCCCCCCCCCCCCCCAACAGGAGCACUUUAUAGCUUCCAUUAGUCAAUCCUUGAACAUUCAUCUUUUUGUAUUAAUACUUUCCAUGCUUGCUUAUUAACUCAUUUUUAAUGCAGACGCCCACCUAGAGACAUCUUUGCCAAAACUUGCCAAACAAGACACUUGUGACCACAACGAUUUGUAGCUACAUGUGCGAUGUUUGUAAGAAGGAGUUUUCCUCCAAAUGAUUAAAGAAAAUUAAAAUCUUGUUUGGAUUCUC